UUUACUUUUCUUUUUUCUUUUUUCUUUUUUUAACUAAUGGUGUUAGGGUUUCUUCUUCUCUGUAAAUUUCCUUGCUCAUGAUUUUACGGGCAUUUUGUUCUCUCGUGAAUCUAAUUCUCUUCAUAUAGGUACUCCCGCACUUCUUCAAAUCAGAAUCUCGCAAUUUGUGAAACCUCGUAUCAAAUAGACCGCCUCAGCUCGUGUGAACUUCACUGCGAUUCGUUUCUGAGCUCGAAUUUUACUUGGGAGUUCAACAUUUGCUUCGUGUCUGCUGGAAUUUGGAAAAAUAAUUUGGCUCCCAGUUUUAGGAAAAGUGUGAUGUGCUGAGCAAUGGCACUUAGGCUUCCUGCUCCAAAGGCUGCUGAGUUUGCAAUUGGAUCAAUUGGGCGUGGAUAUGAUAUAUCCAUAGAUCUGAGAUUGAAAUAUCGUAAAGGAGUUGCAAAGGAUUCUUGUCUGAUUGAGAUUGAUGAAGAUGGGGGUCACGAGAUUGUUCUGCCUGGUGGUAUUCCAAUCCCUAAUGUGUCCAAAUCGAUAAAAUGUGACAAAGGGGAGCGCAUACGGUUCAAGUCUGAUGUUCUCUCUUUCCAACAGAUGUCAGAGCAGUUCAACCAGGAACUAUCUGUGAUUGGCAAAAUUCCAUCUGGCUUCUUCAAUUCCAUGUUUGAGUUUUCGGGUUGUUGGCAGAAAGAUGCAGCCAAUACAAAGACCCUGUCUUUUGAUGGGGUGCUCAUCACCCUCUACACAGUUGUACUGGAGAAAUCACAAAUGGUUUUGCGAGAUCAUGUAAAAAAGGCUGUCCCAUCAUCAUGGGAACCUGCAGCAUUAGCAAGGUUUAUUCAGACAUAUGGCACCCAUAUUAUUGUUGGGGUUAAGAUGGGAGGCAAGGAUGUGAUUUAUGUUAAACAACCGCAUUCCUCAAAUCUUCAACCUGCUGAUGUUCAGAAAAGAUUGAAGGAGAUGGCAGAUAACAGGUUCUUAGAUGCCAGUGGACUAUACAGCUCAUCAUCUGAACAGGUUUACCACAGUGACAAGUUUGAAAUCAGGGAGCAACGGCUAAGGUUUGCAAAUAACAGUCCAUCAAGCUCAUAUGUGCAUAAGGAGGAUAUCAUAAGCAUUUGCAAGAGAAGAGGUGGAAGUGCUAAUGGGAACCUUUCUCACAAUGAGUGGUUACAAACUGUUCAGUUAGAGCCUGAUGUAAUCUCAAUGUCCUUUAUCCCAAUUACUUCUUUGUUGAAUGGAGUACCAGGUUCCGGAUUCUUGAGCCAUGCCAUAAAUCUUUAUUUGCGAUAUAAACCACCUGUUGAAGAACUCCACCAGUUUUUGGAAUUUCAGCUCCCAAGGCAAUGGGCACCAGUUUUUAGUGAGCUUCCUCUUGGUCCACAACGAAAGCAACGAAGUUCUGCAUCUUUGCAAUUCAGUUUCAUGGGGCCUAAGCUUUAUGUGAACACCUCUCAAGUUGACGUUGGUAAGAGGCCAGUGACUGGCCUAAGGCUUUAUCUAGAAGGUAAGAGAAGCAAUUGCCUAGCCAUCCACUUGCAGCAUCUUUCCUCUCUUCCAAAAGUCUUCCAACUUGAAGAUGAUCCAAAAGGGAACUUCAAGCCAGAGUCCUACAAUCGUAAAUAUUAUGAGAGAGUUCAGUGGAAGAAUUAUUCUCAUGUUUGCACUGCUCCCAUUGAAUCUGAUGAAGAUCUUUCCAUAGUAACAGGAGCCCAGUUACAAGUAGAGAAUCGUGGUUUCAAGAAGGUACUCUUUCUAAGGCUACGCUUCUCAACUGUUUUCGGAGCUAUGGUUGUUAAGCAUCCAGAAUGGGAUGGAUCACCAGGCUUGGCACCAAAAUCAGGACUCAUAUCAACACUAAUCAGUCAUCACUUCACGGCAGCUCAGAAACCACCUCCUAAGCCAGCUGAUGUGAAUAUAAACUCUGCAGUUUACCCUGGGGGCCCACCAAUACCAGUCCAAGCUCCCAAGCUUUUAAAAUUUGUUGAUACAACAGAGAUGAUGAGAGGUCCACAGGAAACUCCUGGGUAUUGGGUCGUUUCUGGGGCAAGAUUAGUUGUUGAAAGGGGCAGAAUAUCUCUCCGAGUGAAGUAUUCUUUAUUGACAAUAUUAUCUGAAGACGAAGAGAUAGAAGAACACUAGAAGAUUCCACAUUCCACAGCACAGAAAGAAACCUAAAGAGAAAUGUUACAUAAGAUCAAACUAGCCAAACAAAGAUGAUAGAGUGGGAAUUGGCUGCAUAUGUAAUGUUCCCAACAAGAAAUAGGUUGGGGUUAAAGAAUUGAAGAGGGUUGAUUGGGAUUUGAUUGGUGGUGAUUGUUUUAAUCAGUUGUACUGAACUUUAUUCUGUUUCUAAUGUAGAUUCUUGGCAUUGCUGUGUGCAAUGUGGCUGUAAGGUAUAACAUGCUGUAUUGCUCAGGCUGGUCCAUGAUCUCUUUGUACAGUUGUCUCUUACACCAUUUCUGUAGAUGCACAAAGAAGGCUGGGCUAAAACUUCAAAAACAAGCAUAGGCAUACUGAAUCGGUUCACAAGUAGAACUCCAUUAAGGCAAUGGCUUAAAACCAACUAUUUUCGUCGGCUGAUAUUUACAAUA